UGUGACUAUCCACGUGAAUCUCGUCCACCUGGGUAUUUGUUCUGGUCUCUGUGAUGCCGUCUAAAGUGAUGGACCCCGCGGUUUUUGGCGAUUGCGGUGGUUUGUACACCAUCUCGGAGAACUCGGACAGUGGGAUGAGUUCACUGGAAAGUUCACCGUCCGAUGCGGCCACGUCACGUUUUGCUCGUAAAAAAUGGUCGUCAGCAUUCCGUGUCGUUCAGGGUCUACAUCGUUUUAAACUUCCGCUCGCUAAAAAACAUAGACAUGCCGAUUUGGGAAAUCACAGCAACGAGAGCACACCGAGCAGAGAAAUUGAUGGUCCCGUUGAUCCGGUCUACUUGGCACUGAAGCAAGCAACCGGCAAAUACGGUGGUAGCAGUGGAAGUGGACGUCGUGGCUCCGCCGCUAAUAAUUUCGAUUCCACAACUCCUAGUCCGAGAAAUCUGUCGCAAGUCUCUCUACAGUUCCAGGAUUCUGGCUAUGCAGAGAUGAGCUCAGUUAAGAUGAAUCCUAUGCUUGGUUCCACUCCUCAAUUGGAUCACUCAGGCAGAUCCACAGGUCGACGGCGAGCACCAAAGCUCACAACACAAAUGAAGUCACUUUCAUUAGAUUGCCAAGAAAUGCCACCAAGGAUUAAUGCAGCCAAUCGAAGUCCAAUGAGAUCAAAAAUGAUGAGCGGACAUAUCCGUAGCAAAAAUGGUUCGUCAGAUUUAUCGGAUUGGGAUAGGAGCUGUUCACCAUGUCAUACUAGUAGACGUAGCAGUGCUGCUGCAUUGCUGAGCGGCGGCUAUGUUGUUAUUCACGAAUAUGCACCGACCAAUGGCGCGCCACCAUUGAUUCUCGGCGAAAGGGUGCAUGUUGUCGAUAACGGCGAUCCUGAUUGGUUGCAUGGAUUCCGAGAGCAUGAUAGGACUGAACAAUUGAUCACAUUCCCGGCCACAUGUGUUGCACUGGUACAACCAGGAGAACAAGCAAUGAAAAUUUUACAAAAUGUUGCUGUGCCAGAAAUUAAACUGCGACUUUAUCGAGAUCAGGUUGUCUUUGCUCAACCUGACACUCUAAGUGAUGGAAAAGUGACGGUUCGAACUGCACACAACGCUUUCGCUCCAUGUCCGCUGACCAGCUUGGCACUCAUCUAAAUGGCCAAAAAUCAGUUGUCCCAGAAAAUUUGUCUCCACCCAUCAGGAUUCAUGGAUUAAAACGAUAUUGUGUGCUUUGCAGCCCUCUGUCGGGUUUUCAAUCCAAAUUUCUCAUAUCUAAUUUUUUACGAAGUUCAGUCGCCCAUAAAAAAAUCAGAUGCUGAACUUCUAUGAGCU